AUGUCCAAGGUGCAGUCUCCAAUACUCACGCCGCAAGUGACGCCAUCCGUCACGGACUACGUUAGCACCAAGCUCUGGGACGAGCGGCCCGUGCGGUAUGCCGCCAACGUGCUCAAGCACGUGUGCAUCUUCUUGCUGAUCCUCACGGCGUGCGAGGAAGUCACGAGCUUCGCCAUCGGCCAGUCGCUCAAGAACUUCUUCCAGAAACUGGGCUGGUCCAACAAGGGCUCGACCUCCAUGAAGCUCACGUACGACUCCUUCAGCCAGUUCAUGUGCAUCGUCGCCGGGUACAUCGCCGACGAGCGGCUGGGUAAGUUCAAGACGCUGCUGUCGGCCGCCACGCUCGACUCGUUCGGUCUGCUCUUCCUCGUGAUCGCCGCCCUCCCGGUGAUCGUCAACAAUCACCUCGGAGUGAGCAAGGCCAUCUUCAACGUCGGUCUGUUCCUGGGCGUUGCAGUCUCGCAGAUCUGUCUGCGGUCGCUCGUGAUCUCGUACGGCGGUGACCAGUUCUCGCCGACUGCUCCGCCCUCGGAGAAGGCCCUUUUCUUCAGCAUCCAGUACUGGGUGGCCAACAUCGGCGCCUUCAUCGGCUACGCAGUGUUCCCGUCCGUGUCGAUCCACGGCUUCGGCGCCAUCCCGGCCGACUACGGCUACGUGUCCGUGUACCUGGUGGGCUUCGUGAUGCUCGUCAUCUUCGUGGCUCUGCUCUGGUUCACGCGCAAGCGGUACGUCAACGUGCCCCCUACCAAGCAGUCGGUCGCUCUCGUGAUCAAGAUCGUGCUCCACCACGCCAAGAAGAACUUCAGCGCGCAGAUGGUGGUGCUCGGCACGAUCCUGUACAUCGCGGCCUUCCUGCUCAACAUCCUGGCUUCGAUCUUGUCGGACCACGGCGAGGUGGGGCACAACAUCUCGUACGCCUGUGGCGUGAUGAUCGUCAUCGCGACAGUUCUUUGGGUGAUCCGCAUUCUACCGUUCAACGCCUUCAACGUCUUCUGGUGGGUCUGCCAGAACCAGCGAGGCAACAACCAGUCGAUCGUCCAGCAGACCGACGCCCGCCUUGGAAGCGACCCCUUCUCCAGCCAGAUUCCAGGCCCUACCGUUCAGAUGUUCAACCCCAUUGGCGUCCUGAUCUUCGUCCCCUUGAUGGAGAAGGUAGUAUACCCACUCUACGAGAAGCACACGGGGAAGCCCGCGAGUCGCUACGGUAAAGUGCUGGCUGGCUACAUCGUCGCGGUCAUCGCCAUGGUCUGGACGGGGUGCUACGAGAUCAUCCGACGCAGCACUUCGCCCCUCACUUAUGUCGACUCGGACGGUGUGACUCAGUUCAUUCUGAACGACGACGGGGGUCAGGUGAUGAACGACAUUCCCUGGUGGACGGCCCUCCCGCAGUACUUCCUCGUCGCGCUGGCUGGUGUGAUGAUUGCCAUCCCGUCGUACGACAUCAACUACUCGGAGGUGCCGCAGAGCAUGAGGAGCACGUCGAUUGCCCUUGGGUUCUUCGUCAACUCCAUGGGUAGUACGCUGCUCUCCAUCAUCGUGCUGCUCUUCGGUAAGUACAUCCCGGCCAACCUCAACAAUGGGCACAUCGAGUACAUGUUCUUCACGCUGGCGGCCAUCAUGGUGGUCAAUAUCUUCUUCUACGUCGUCGUCAUGAACAAGAUGCAACUGGGCAUGAUCCCCCGCGUGAAGAAAGCAGGCGAGAAGGAGUCGGAUGAGGCAGGGGAUGUGUAA